AGUUUUUCCACGAUUUCUCUCUGCAACUGUGAGUCGCUCAUGUUACUAUCAGCUAUGCCGAUCCGCUCUCAAGAAUACCCAACUCAAGAGUCCCGUCCCUCAAGUCGGGAAAUGGAAACACGCCUGUCAGCCCCUCGCCCUUCGGCGAAUACCCAUGGACCCGCUCAAUCUGCACUGGAGCCUCCGCCAGGCCACAGUGAGUGGGGCCUCGCCACCUAUGCUCAUGAUCGUGACCGUGACCUUGAGAUGCGCUCCUUCUCCUUCACGGAUGAUCAAGUGCGCUCCAUAGGGUUUAACGGAAGUUAUCCACCAGAUCAUGAUCAAGAUCGCCAAAGUAAUUGCACCUCUUUCGAAGGUCGCGACAAUGUCCAAUCUCCCGGCCAUAUCAGGCAUUGUUAUACAAAUACAACCUUGGAUCACUCUGCUCAGGUCUUUAAUGGCGAUGUCGCCCGCGCUUACGAUUCCUCUUCUACCAGAGAGCAUCAUUUACACGGUGGGUCGGUCAAAAACAAAAGCAGGCUUGUCAAUGGAGAUCUUGAUAGAGAUACCUUCCUGGCCAUUUUCUGCAAUUCUAAUGACGAAGCCCGCCCGGAGCCAGGGCAGCGGGAGGAAUCUCACACUCGACAGCGUGAGCCCCGCUCGGAAUGUUAG